AUGGGUGUUCGCCCUUUAAUCCGCAGAGCACGUAUCGUGUUCCGCCGGCUGUCAACCGAAGACAAUGGAAAUGACUCCUUCGCACAGCAGAACACGAUCGGUGAUCGUAAAGAUGGCACUCGGAGUCCCACCAGUUCUGUGGCACUCGAGGAGAUACCGGAUGGGAGUGCGCAGCAUGGUGUUCAAGACGUCGAGGCCGUGACCAUGACCUGGUCGAGAGGUACAUUGAUCGCAGUCUUCAUCAACAUCUGGUUCCUUUAUUUCGCGAAUGCAUUUCAAUCUACGAUUACCGUUACUCUGAAUCCCUAUGUGACAAGUUCAUUCAAAGCACACUCGCUAUCCGCGGUUCCCACAGCUCUGGGUGAUGUCUUUGCAGCUGCCACCUACCUCCCUGUCGCAAAAAUGAUGGAUGUAUGGGGUCGAGCGGAAGGGUUUCUGUUGAUGGUUAUAUGUUUAACCAUCGGCUUGGUUCUCAUGGCUACCUGCAAUACCUUUGAGAUCUACUGCGCCGCCAACGUCUUCUACUAUACCGGUUUCUACGGUAUGGAAUACGCAAUAGACGUUAUGACAGCUGACGUUUCAACACUGAGAAACCGUGCUUUCGCGUAUGCGUUCACUUCCUCCCCAUACAUUAUCACGGCAUUUGCGGGACCCAAGGUGGCGGACGAAUUCUACUACAAGAUUUCUUGGAAAUGGGGCUUUGGCUGCUGGGCAAUCGUCGUUCCUGUAGUAGCUGCCCCGCUAUACAUUAUGCUGAAGUACAACCUGCACAAGGCGGAGAAAGAAGGCUACCGGAUCAAGAGACCAAGUGGCCGCACGGUAUUCGAAAGCAUCCAGCAUUGGACUGUCGAAUUUGAUCUCUUUGGAGUCUUCCUGUUCACUGCUGGUCUUGUGUUAUUUGAGCUUCCCUUCGACCUCGCCCAUUACGCCCCCAAUGAGUGGGCUUCCGGCUACAUUAUUGCCAUGCUUGUCGUCGGGUUCUGCACACUUUUCUUCUUCGCUAUUUGGGAGAGGUGGUUGGCUCCAGUGCCUCUUUUCGAGUGGCGACUUCUUACGAACCGCACUAUUAUCGGUGCAGUCCUCUUGGACGCAACCUAUCAGCUGUCGAACUAUUGCUGGAGCUACUACUUCACGUCCUGGCUGCAGGUCAACAAUAACCUAUCCAUCACCACGUCCAACUAUAUCGUCAAUAUCUUCGACAUGGUCUCUGGUGUGCUGCUACUAGCCACUGGUUGGCUAAUCCGGAGAAUUGGCCGUUACAAGUGGACUUUGUAUAUUGCAAUUCCGCUCUACAUGUUGGCACAGGGCUUAAUGAUAUACUUCCGCCAGCCUAAUGUGAAUGUUGGCUACCAGGUGAUGUGCCAAAUCUUCCUCGCUAUCGGUGGUGCAACAUUCAUCCUUGUUGAGCAGCUUGCUAUCCUAGCGGCUGUCGACCACCAACAUGUCGCGACAGCACUCGCCGUGUUAAACGUGGUUGGCACUAUUGGCGAUAGUGCGGGUCUUACCAUCAGUACCGUCAUCUGGCAAAACACAUACCUGAAAGCCCUUCUUCGAUACCUCCCGGAAUCGGAAUUGUCAAAUUUGAACAAUAUUUACGAGGAUCUCGUCACGCAACUGAGCUAUCCAGUCGGAUCUGCCACCAGGUUUGCUAUCCAAAAGGCCUAUGCCUACGCCGAACUUCGACUACUUUCUGUCGGGACUGGCAUUAUAGUUCUGGCGAUUCCUUGGACAUUCUUGAUGCAGGAUAUCAAUCUGAAGAAAAAGCGGCAGGUCAGGGGCACGGUCUUUUAG